AUGGUCAAGCUCGGAAUCGAUAGCUACGAAAGCCCUAUCAACCAAAGCGCACUCAAUGGCGGAUAUACGCCCAAGGGUCGUGUCACGGGUAUUAGUCUGAUGCAUCAGUCUGGUACAGGGGGAGGGCCAAAAUACGGGUAUCCGUCCCAGAUGCCCCUCACCAAGAUUGAUGGCGAUGUCAAUGUGCUGGAUAAUCGCACGUAUUGGCAGAAUCGCGUCGGCCAAGAUGUAGCUUCAGUUGGCUACUUUCGCACUGAGCUGGAGUCGGGUGUAAAAGUCGAGCUAUCGGCCUCACGACAUGCGGGACUCUACCACUACACAUAUCCAUCGACUUCUGAGACACACGUGUUAGUGGACCUGUCGCACUAUCUCCCGCACUUGACACGGUCAUGGGACUCGCAGUUUUACACCGGCGGCGAGAUUGAGAUCCAGCCCAAUUCCAAAACUUACACUGGCUACACCUCCAUUGCGGGAGGAUGGAACGUUGGCGCGCCAGUCACCGUCUACAUAUGUGGAGAAUUCGAUCGUGCACCAGAUGAGGGCAAAGCGUUCAAAGGCAAGAACACGUUUCCCGUUGGUCGGCACUUUCGCACCUCUGACAAUGCCACAACGCCGCAACCGACAUUCACUGGAUACAAAGCCCGGUCUGGACCGAUGAAUGACCGCGUUGGCGCUGUGUUCACUUGGAAGAACGCCACUAAGGUCAAGUCUCGUGUCGGCAUCUCCUUCAUGUCUGUGGACAAAGCUUGCGCAUACAAAAACUCCGAACUGUCAACGUGGUCCAUCGAAGAUACCGCACAAGCAGCGCGCGACGAAUGGAACCGCGACGUGUUUUCCAAAAUCCGCGUCGACACUUCGGAAGCUGCAAACAAAACACGCCUGGCGUUGCUGUACUCCAGUCUGUACUUUAUGCACCUCAUUCCAAGUGAGCGGGUAGGCGAGAACCCACUGUGGGAUUCGGAUGAGCCGUCGUGGGAUGACUUUUAUACCAUGUGGGAUCUUUUUCGGAACCAGGUCUCGCUGUGGCAUCUCAUCCAGCCCAGUUACUACGAGUCAAUGCUACGGUCUUUGAUUGACAUCUUCAAGAAUGACGGAUACUUGCCGGAUGGACGAUCCGGCAACUACAACGGGCUGGUGCAAGGAGGAUCAAAUGCCGAUAAUGUCCUUGCGGAUGCCUAUGUUAAAGGCAUGAGGGGUAAGAUCAAUUGGACCGAAGGUUAUGUUGCUGUCAAAAAAGAUGCCGAUGUGCUGCCGUUCUUUGACCAAAACCCCGCCGAUCGAUAUGGCUCACUGAAAGAGGGCCGGGCAGCACUGGAUGACUGGAUACCGCUGGGCUAUGUCUCAGCCGACCGCAAUACGCGCGCAGUAUCGAGGACGGUGGAAUAUGCGCUCAACGACUUUGCUGUCAGUCAGAUUGCAGCAGGCGAGGCGCCUGGCGAUCAGGACCUGUACCUGCGCAGGUCAGCAGGUUGGCAGUUGAGCUGGAAUCCCGAAGCAACAAGCCGUAACUUUACUGGCUUCGUCAUGCCGCGAUACGCAAACGGGACUUUUGACGAGACUUACGACAUUACCGACUGUGGCGGUUGCAACUGGGGCGACCUCAGUUACGAAGGGACUGCGUUUGAAUAUUCCUUUGUCAUUCCCCAUGACAUGUCGCGAUUGAUAACGCUAAUGGGCGGCGCCUCACACUUUGAAGCACGACUCGACUACGUCUUCCAGCCAAACACGUCUGGCGUCGAUCUCGGUGUAAACGGACUAGAUAUUACGACGAUCAACAACGUAGCGAACGAGCCAGACUUCCAAACGCCUUACCUUUACAAUUACCUCAACAAACAAUGGAAGAGCGUCCAGCGCUCCCGCCAACUCGCCAACGACUUCUACUUCAACACCACAAACGGCAUCCCGGGAAACAGCGAUGCAGGCGCCUUGAACUGCUGGUUAGUCUGGCAGAUGCUGGGCCUGUAUCCCAUAGUCACGACGCCCGUGUAUCUUCUUGAGAGUCCCUGGUUCUCCGACAUCAACGUCACCAUCAACCACGACAAGACGCUGAGGAUCCGGGCGGAAGGCUUAGACGAUGGCGACGGCCGCCAGGGAUACUACGUGCAGAGCGUAAGCAUCAACGGCGAAGCGUGGACGCGGAACUGGUUCGAGCAUGCGGAUGCAGGCGGUAUUAUGACGGCAGGCGGUGAGAUUGUCUUUACGCUGGGCCACGAGCAGCUGGCCUGGGAAACGGGUCCCGUCCCGCCGAGUCCCGGUCAUCAAGAAGUGGAUAUUCCAGGCGACGAGGCCUUGUUCUAG